UUUUUGUAGUUAACUCGUUGUCAUCCCCUCAAACUCAAACGAGGUGAAAGUAAAAACAAACAAAAUCCCUUUCAACUCAACCAAGAAUUGGAGAAGACUGGCUUGUAUUUUACCAGAUUCCAUCAUCUCUACAAGAAAAGGGUGGUAGGGUUUCGCUGCUGAAUCUGAUCAAAUGGGUAUGCUUAUGCUGUAGAAAGUGGUGUGGCAAUGAUUGAGAUAGAAGAAGGAUCCCAGAACAGUGAGCAGAUACUUGAGGAAGAAGGUGAUGAUCUUGAAUUUGAUAGCAACGACCUUGAAAUUGAGGGUGAUGACCCUGGGAUAGAUGACAAUGACCUUGGGAUAGAAGACAACAACCUUGAACUAGAAGACAAAAACCUUGAGAAUGAAGGACAUGACCUGCCUGAAGGCAAUGACCUGGAGGACAAUUGUGAGCAACUGUUUGAUAUUGAAUAUCAUGUCCUUGAAAACAACAGAGACGAUGCUACAGUAGAAGAUGUUCGAAAUGGUGACUUCCUAGGGAAGGAUUAUCCACCACCUUUUGUGGGGAUGGAGUUUGAAUCAUAUGAUGAUGCCUAUAAUUAUUAUAAUUGCUAUGCUAAAGAUUUGGGAUUUGCUAUCAGGGUCAAGUCCUCAUGGACAAAACGUAACAGCAAGGAGAAACGUGGUGCGGUGCUCUGCUGCAACUGUGAGGGUUUUAAGACUAGUAAAGAAGUGCACAGUCGUAGAAAGGAAACGAGAACUGGUUGUCUAGCCAUGCUAAGGUUGAGGCUAGUGGAAUCUAAUAGGUGGAGGGUGGAUGAAGUCAAGCUUGAGCACAACCAUUUAUUUGAUCCUGAGAGAGCACAAAAUUCUAAGUCCCACAAAAAGAUGGAUGCAGGGGCUAAAAGAAAGGUGGAGCCCACUGUUGAUGUAGAAGUACGGACGAUCAAAUUGUAUCGAACAGCUGCUGUGGACCCACUGGGCUAUGGAAGCACUAACUCAAAUGAAGGAGAAAGUAGCCAGCAUGUUGACAGGUCAAAGCGCUUGAAGCUUAAAAAAGGAGAUGCACAGAUCAUUCAUAAUUAUUUUUGUCAGGUUCAGCUAACAAAUCCCAACUUUUUCUACUUGAUGGAUCUCAAUGAUGAGGGGUUUUUGAGGAAUGUGUUUUGGAUACAUUAUAGGUCUAGGGCUGCAUAUGGUUAUUUCAGUGACGUAGUUAUAUUUGACACAACAUGCUUAUUGAACAAAUAUGAAAUUCCACUCUUUGCAUUUGUUGGGGUAAAUCAGCAUGGGCAGUCUAUUCUACUUGGUUGUGGUUUGCUUGUGGAUGAGACAUUUGAAACAUAUAUAUGGCUGUUUAGAGCAUGGCUUACAUGCAUGUUGGGUCGCCCUCCACAAACUAUCAUUACUGACCAAUGCAAGGCCAUGCAAGGUGCAAUUGCAGAGGUUUUCCCACGUGCUCACCAUCGUUUUUGUUUGUCACGUGUUGCGCGCAAGAUUCUUGAUAAUUUGGGCAUGCUGCAGGACUAUGAAGGGUUUCAGAGGACGCUGAACGUGACUAUCCAUGACUCUCUUAAGGUAGAUGAAUUUGAAAUGGCUUGGGAAGAUAUGAUCCAGCGUUUUGGAAUUGCAGAUAAUGAGUGGCUUCGAACAUGCUAUGAAGAUCGAGAGAGAUGGGUCCCAGUUUACUCCAAAGAUGCUAGUUUUGCUGGAAUAUCUACUUUUCUAAAAGAUGAGUCCACCCAAUUCUUCAAUGGUUAUGUGAGUCAACAAACUACGUUGAAAGAGUUUUUUGACAUGAAUGAACUAAUUCUACAAAAGAAGUACCAGAAAGAAGCUCUUGAUGAUUUUGAGUCGAGGAAUUCCAGCCCCAUUUUGAGGACAGGUAGCUUUUAUGAGUUACAGCUUUCCAGAGUGUAUACAAACGAAAUAUUCAGGAGAUUUCAAGAUGAGGUUGUGAUGAUGUCCUCUUGUUUUGGCAUAACUCAAGGUCAUACCAAUGGGCCUCUUGUUACUUACGUGAUCCAAGAACGCCAGGGUGAAGAAAAUUCGAGGGGUAUUAAGAACUUCGAGGUUAUGUAUGAUAAAAGGGGAGCAGAAGUUCGUUGUAUCUGUAGUUGCUUCAACUUCAAAGGUUACUUGUGCCGGCAUGCAUUGUGCAUUCUGAAUUACAAUGGGGUGGAGGAGAUCCCUCCGCUGUAUAUCUUGGCACGGUGGAGGAAGGAUUUGAAGCGCUUUUAUGUACCGGAUGGUGGAUCCAAUAAUGUAGAUAUUGCUAACCCAGUUCAGUGGUUUGAUCAUUUGUACAGACGAGCAAUGCAAGUUGUUGAAGAAGGUAUGAUUUCUCAAGAUCGAUAUAUGGUUGCUUGGCAAGCAUUUAAAGAAUCACUGAAUAAGGUCCGUCUUGUAGCCGAGAAGCAUUUAUAAUGUAUAAUCUUUGUGGUGUUUCCUCACUUCUGCUGUGGCAUGCUCUUAGAUGUGUGUUUUGGCCGUGCAUGCAGCAGAGAUAGUAUUUUCCCCUAGUUAGAGCAUAUGCUGCGGCAGAAAUUCCAGUGAAAAAAAAUAGGAAAAUGUCUUUAGUAAGGCAAAUGCUUUGACAUUAAUGAAGCAAGGAACAAUUGGACAAUGGAAUAUCCUUCUUUGA